UAUGGGUUGUCUUACUUCCUUUUCAAAAGAAGAAGAUAUGAGUAUAGCUUUGUAAAGUUCUAAGAAACUAAAAAUUGUAAUAAUAGGAUUAGAAGGAAGUGGAAAAACAUCUAUACUUCAAUAUUUGAAGAAUGGAAAAUUUACUGAAACUUAACCUACAAUAGGUACUGCUAUUUGAAAUUAGGUUUGAAUGUGGAAUCAAUUCAAUUUAAAGCAAGACAUUAUUUAAUUUUUGAUGUUGGAGGAAAGGUUAGAACAUUAUGGUCUCAUUAUUAUGAAAAUUUGGAUGGUUUAGUAUUUGUUGUAGAUACAACAGAUUCAGAAAGAAUUGAAAUUGUUAAAAAUGAAUUUAAGAAAUUAGGAAGCGAAAUUAAAUAUAAAGUAUUUAAUUAUCUAAAAUAGAUAGUGUUGCUAAUAUAUUUGAAUAAAAUAGAUUUACCAAGAUCAUCACCUGUUGAAUUAUGUAAAGAUAUUCAAUAACAGGAAUCAGAUAUAGUAAUGUAGAGAUGUAGUGCAAAGACAGGAGAAGGUAUUUGGGAAGGAAUUGAUAAAAUGAAUAAAUUAUUAGAUCAUAAAUUUUAAUAGUGA